CUGCCUGGCUUCCAGGUGCCGCCAUGUUGGACGCUCGGGGCUUGAACCAUGGUGACGAGCGCCAGGCUGUGGCUACCGGCACCGCCAGCCGGGCUGGACACAUGGUGGAAGUGCGCCCGGGACUGUAUCUGGGUGGGGCAGCCGCGGUGGCGGAACCAAACCACCUGCUGGAGGCCGGCAUCACCGCCGUGCUGACGGUAGACUCGGAACCAGGCUUCCCGGCUGGGGCUGGGUUCGAAGGACUCCGGAGCCUCUUCGUGCCGGUGCUGGACAAACCUGAGACCGACUUGCUCAGCCACCUGGAUCGCUGCGUGGCCUUCAUCGGCCAGUCGCGAGCCGAGGGACGUGCGGUGUUGGUGCACUGCCAUGCAGGAGUCAGUCGAAGUGUUGCUGUAGUGACUGCCUUUAUAAUGAAGACAGACCAACUUACCUUUGAAAAGGCCUAUGAAAGCCUCCAGACCAUCAAGCCAGAAGCUAAGAUGAAUGAAGGAUUUGAAGGGCAACUGAAGUUAUAUGAGGCCAUGGGAUGUGAAGUCGACACCUCUAGCGCAGCUUACAAGCAGUACCGGCUCCAGAAGGUCACUGAGAAGUACCCGGAACUUCGGAAUUUGCCUCAAGAACUCUUUGCUGUUGACCCAACCACCAUGUCACAAGGAUUAAAAGAUGACAUUCUCUACAAAUGUAGAAAGUGCAGGCGAUCUUUAUUUAGAAGUUCUAGUAUUUUGGAUCAUAGUGAAGGAAGUGGGCCAAUAGCCUUUGCUCACAAGAGAACGACACCGUCUUUGGUACUUAUGGGGAGUCAGGCUCAGUGUACAUCUUACUUCAUUGAACCUGUACAGUGGAUGGAGUCGACUUUGUUGGGAGUAAUAGAUGGACAGCUUCUUUGCCCAAAAUGCAGUGCCAAGUUGGGUUCCUUCAACUGGUAUGGAGAACAGUGCUCGUGUGGUCGAUGGAUAACCCCUGCUUUUCAAAUACACAAGAACAGAGUGGAUGAAAUGAAAAUGUUGCCAGCUCUGGGAUCACAAACAAGGAAACUAUGAACUUGGGACACAGUUUGGAAUAAAACCCGAUGAAAUGUAUUUCUCUUGAUCAUCAUCUUUCAUAGCAGAGGCCAAAUUUUCAUUUAGUGUCCAAAGGUAGUUACUGUAGCAGAUACGUGUUGGUAGCUUAUUACAUGAUGUAUGAUGCAUAUGCAUUACUUCACUGGGAAAUCCAGGCAAUCGUGUACAUUUGAUUUAAUAUUAAAAUCUUUCAUAACCAGAUGCCCUGUUACAUGUUUUAAGCUUUUGUGCUGUUUGGAUCUGGCCCAUGCUUUAAGCAUGCUAGGCAAACAUUCUACCUCUGACCUGUAUCUGGGAUUUCUUACACAUGUAAAAGUUGUGCUUUGUAGUAUGUUGGUUGUGUGAUACUAAAGUCUAGAUGGAUAAAAUUGUAUGUAAAAACUUGAGAUUGUCCAUAUCCAGGUAGAUAUUCUUUGGUUUUCAGAAAUAUAAAGCAGAUUAAUUUGUUGUAU